AUGAACUCCCUCAACAUUCCACAGACCCAAACAGUUGCUCUCGUCCAUUCCCUGGGCGGCCAAGUCGAGUUCAAAACAGACUACCCCGUGCCAAUCCCGGGACGCAACGAAGUCCUGGCCAGAGUGCUCUACACCGGCGUCUGCCAGAGCGACCUACACACCAAAUCCGGCACCGCAGCCGGACCAGACGGCAACCCGAUAUCAAAGAUCAAACUGCCACACGUGGGCGGCCACGAAGGCAUCGGCCGAAUCCUCGCGCUUGGGCCGGAUAUCGCGCACGCCGCUGGUCUGAAAGUGGGCGGGCUGGUCGGGAUCCGGUUCGCGAGCCGCAUCUGUCGACGGUGCGAGUUCUGUCUUGCGGGUACAGAGCAGUACUGCGUUGCGAGCACGAAUCAUCUUCACCAUGAGGAUGGCUCUUUUCAGCAGUAUAUCGCGCUCGAUGCGGAUUACUUAACGAUUUUGCCUGAUGAUGUCGAUCCGAAAGUUAUGGGGCCGGUGCUUUGUGCGGGUUUGACGGCGUAUAAGGUAGUUCAAUAUGCAAGAGCUCAAGGGGCUCUGGUGAUUGGCGUCGACACUGGUCCUGGUAAGGGAGACUUUGUCAAAGGUCUCGGCGCGCAAGAAUUCAUCGACUUUUCCACCGAGGACCCCGUAAAUAGGGUUCAAGAGAUCACUGGCUUGGGUGCACAUGCUGCUGUAGUGACAGCAGGUAAUGCAAAGGCCUUUGCGCAUGCCUGUGAUAUGCUGCGGGUUGGUGGUACUUUGAGUUGUGUUGGUAUUCCUCCGGGAAGACCCAACUUGGAGACUCCUAUCUGCACGAUUGUGAUCAAGGGCCUUAGGAUCACGGGUAAUCUGGUGGGCUCGCUGAAGGAAUGCAUGGAGGCUGUUGAUAUGGUACGACGUGGUAUUGUUAAGCCUGUGGUCGAGGUCCGGCCGUUCAAGGAUUUGCCUCGGGUAUAUGAGGAGUUGGAGAAGGGUGAUAUUUCGGGGCGCAUCGUCCUUCAGAUCGCAGAAUGA